GGCUUUUACGACAAUGCAAUACAUCUUACGGCAAAACAUGGCGCUACACUGAUGAGAUUGUUGAAAUGAACGAGUCGUAGUAAAGUAAAGUAAAGACUGUUCGCCUUUUUCCUUCUCUGUCCUCUGACAGAGCUCCGUAGACAGCAGAGCAGCGCAGCGCCGGGCUCAGGCGGGUCAGUGAGGAGCAGCGGGGGGGCUCUUUCAGUGAGAUGGCGGCGCAGGGAGGCGUCGUGUUCCAGGAGAAGGUCAGCAGACUGCUCAGCAGACAAGACGGGAAACCGGCGCUGAAACCCAACCGGCCUCUGGUCCUCAGAGACGCUGUGGCUAACCGCAAACUCAAGAAAGGAGAGGCCACCUGUAUCACAGAGAUGUCCGUCAUGAUGGCCUGUUGGAAGCAGAACAACUUUGUGGACGGUCUGUGCUCUAGUGAGAUGAACGCCUUCUACACUUGUGUUAACAAGGCUCAGGCCGCUAUGAAGAAUAAAUCUGAACAGAGCAGCCUCCAGGGAGGACGUCUGCACCCAAAACAAGCCACAGCCCUGCUCAGGAGAUAUCCCAACCUGCGCACUGAGAUCUAGGAAACAAACUUUUUAAUGCAUAACUUGUACAGACUUGAAAUGUGCAGGUUAAAUCUUGGAGUCUUGGAACUGGAUUUCAUCAUGUUAAGGAGUUGUAAGCUACUGUAUGAUUUAACAAGAGAAUAUCAUAUACAUGUGUUGAAUUAAAAAAAGGAAUGAGUAGAACACAGAAAAUGGGGAUUUCAGCACAAACCCACUGCACCACUCCUUUUAAUAUGUAAGAUUUGUCAAUCAUUUCACAUCGCUGACUAAUACUCUGUAAUGGGACAGCCUUUGUAUUCACAACACACUGCCUUUUAUGGUCUGAAAUUUAAUGUGACUUUCCCCUUGUGUCCUCAAUUGGCUCUGAUGAACGUGAUGGCAUUUAUUCCUAAUCCAAUUUAGCAGAGUGGUCUCCUUCAGUGCAGAGAUGUUAUUAGUGGAUGUGAUUCUUCUUCUUGGGUUUCAUGGCUCCUGGCUCGCAGCUUACUGUUAUCACUGAACUUUGUAAAUGCCUCGUCAUUCCUGCGGAAGCAGAGAUUGGUGGUUAAGAGUUGUUGAAAUAAAAUCAGCCUAAAGAUUACCAGUAA